UCCCGUCCAAUUGUCCAAACAUCCUACCCCUUGGAAUCGCGCGGUGUCCUGCCAAUGCCAUGGCGGCGGCGCGGCCAUGGUCCAGCCUCCACGAAGACCUUCUCGCCAGCAUCUUCCUCCUGCUAGCGUGCUUAACGGACCUCGUCAGGGCGUCCGCUGUCAGCAAGCACUGGCGCCGGGUCGCCCUGCACAACGCGUCCCCGCUGCCAUGGCUCCUCAACCCCUCCACCGCCCGGACCGAUUGCUAUCGGAUCUUCGGCGGCUUCGCUGAUCCGCGCCCGGCCCUCUCCGACGAGAUCGAGGGCCGCGGGGCACGUUUCUGUGGCUCCGCUCCGGGCGGCUGGGUCGUCGUGCAGAACCGACCAACCUGCAGAACCCAUCACUGGCGCGGCCAUGCCAUGCUCAACCUCCGCACCGGCGAGCGCGUCCCCCUCCCGGACCGUGUGCGCAUCCCAAUUAAAUCCGACGGCAUCAGGUGCCCCAUGAUGAUACGCGCCGCCGUCAUGUUCGCCGCGCCACCGUCUCACGCCUGCGUCGUCGCCGCCCUCACGUCCAUCCAGACAAUCAUGGCCUUCUGCAGCCCGGGCGUGGACUGCUGGUCUUCGUUGCCAGCAGAGAUGACGGCUCCCCCCGACGCCCAAGACCUGACUUACCACGACGGAUGGUUCUGGGCAGUCGACUCACAUGAUGACCUCUACUGCUACAAGGCCAAGAUUUCGACAUCUACGCGUACCAUUCUACAGCGUGGCUACCAGAUCCGUGCUCCCCGGACCAACUUGGCACCUGGGGAGAUCGUGUCCCGCUACCUCCUGCCCUCUGCCUCCGGCGCCGAUCUGCUCAUGGUCAGGAGGUUCACCUCGCCAGCUAAAGGCCGCACCACGCGGUUCCAGGUCUUCAAGCUACAGAUGCAAGAGGAGGGCCGGCCAGCUUCCUGGCGCGACUACCAGAUGACCCGGCAGGCGCUCUUCGUCGGAUGGGCAUGCUCCAAGGCAUUCGACACGGGGCAUGCCCGCAACCCGGGCUACAUCUACUUCCUCGACGACGUCUACCCUGGCGGUCCGCAUAGUUUCCUCCAGCAGAAGGAGUAUCCCAGCACGGACGUUGGCGGGUGGCGUUACUCAGUCUCCGACGAGAUCGUGCGCUGCCUGCCAUCGGCGCCCCCCUCGGACACCUCACCGUCCAUUUGGUACCAUCAUUAAUUCAUUGAGUCAUACAUACCCAGCAGGUUCAGUUUGAGGCGUCACAUCAUAGAGAUUUUGAUCAUUCAGUUUAAUUAGAGCCUUUGUUGUUUGUGUUUGCUCCUGGACAGUGUUUCUUUGUUGUUGUAGUCGUCGAUGUGGUUGGUGUUGUAGUACGAGAAACUGAAAGUUCCAUAUCCAGUUUGCUGUAUGUGUGCGAAACUUGAUGUC